UCUAAUUCAAAGUACUUCUGCAUUUCAUGCAAGUCAUUAAACACACUGGACUGUGGGGAAACAUUUUAGAACUUUUUGAAGAAGUCAGCAUCCAACUGCCUUAAAGGAAAGCACAGCACAUCUAUCAAACAUGGCAUUAGAUUCUGAGAACCUGACUGGACAUCGUUAUGGUAACUCAUGCGGGAUAGACUUCAAUCAAGAUGCAGUCUUCCUUCCAGUUCUGUAUGGAAUAUUUUUCAGUCUCGGCACUCCCUUGAACAUUUUAUCUCUGGUUGGAUUGUACAAGCUCAUCAAAACAGAAAAUGUUUUGCCUGUGUAUGUGCUUAACUUGUUACUUGCUGACCUUAUCCAACUGCUGACUUUGCCCCUGUGGAUUGACUAUUAUAAAAAUGACCACUACUGGCGAUUUGGUCCCAGAGUCUGCCAGUUCACCAGCCUUUGUUUCUACGUCAGCAUGUACGCAGCAAUCUUCUUCAUGUGCAUCAUAGCACUCGAGCGCCACUUGGCAAUCGCCUGCCCACUGAAAUUUCACUUCCUGAGCCGACUCAAGUUUGCCCGCUGGUUUGCGCUGGGCAUAUGGGUGAUGAUUACCAUCCCGUUGUCUAUCGCCUUCAACAAGCUCUUCCCAGUGCGUGCCAACUACACCCUCUGCAUUGAGAAAUACCCUUCGGGAGGAGGCUUUAUCACCUACCGGCUCAUAACCCUGCUGAUCUCUUUCGUCAUUCCUCUGGCAUUCAUCCUCAUCCUCCACGUAAAGACCCUGCGGUCGCUGAUGGCCGUCACCGCCCUGGCCUCGAACGAGAAGAGGCGCAUCAAGAGCCUCCUCACCCUCCUGGUGGUCAUAUUCCUCGUGGUGCUCGGACCCUACCACAUCAUCGGGUGUGUUAAGUACCUGGGCCUGCUAUUCCACGGGGAUUCCUAUGUCUGUGCCUGGGAGAAAGCCAUCUUCAUGCCCUUCCAGCUGGGCAGGGGCCUGCUGAGUCUCAACAGUCUGUUGGACCCCGUUCUCUACAUCUUCCUGAGGAACGACUUCAGGUCGGCGGCGGCGCGGAACCUGCCGUGUCUGAGGAGGAUGACCUGGGGCCUGAGCCAAGCCAGGGCUUCCUGUGGGCGUUCUGAGCCCAUGGAGAAUGGCACAGGCUCCACGGAUGGGUUAUAACAAGAACCUUAUGGCCUGAUUCAUAGCCUACGCAAGCUAUGUGAAUGCAGUUGACAACGCAAGCUAAGCAGUCGAUGAUCCCCCAUCGGAAACACAUGAUAUGAUACGACAUGUGUCGUUACGUCACGUUACAAAAAAUUGGGCAAAGCAUUUUGCUUUGCAAGAGCGCAUCAGUAUAGUAUAAGUAUAUAUACUUUUUUGAUCCCGUGAGGGAAAUUUGGUCUCUGCAUUUAACCCUAUCGGUGAAUUAGUGAAACACAAACAGGACACAGUGAACACACAGUGAGGUGAAGCUCCCACCACCACCACCAGUUUGGUCCCUGUCAAUCUUUCUUGGGACGGGGUUAUUGGAGUAACAGGUGCAAUUAAAUGUGCUAAUGGAAAAUAAAUGUCAGCCGGCAACUUGCUGAAAUCCACAUGUACGGUUGUUGUUUGUGUUGUCUACUAAAGACUGAUGUAAAUAUUUAGUAAAAACAAUUAGCAGGAAUUUCUCUUUUGGCCUUUACAUCUUAAUGUUAGCUCUUGCAUCACAUGGAAACUUGAAAAUGAUAUCAAGUGUUUGUUUGUUUAACACACUGUGGGGCUGAUCAUCUGCGGUGUUGGUGUUGCUACAGUGGCAUGAUGCAACUUCCAUGAUAAAUGGUGAUGUGGCUGUGUGUACAGUACGUCUAUAAUGUGCAUAUGAGUAUAAAUGCAUGUGGACCUAUGUGCUUGUAUGCAUAUGUGUAUAUGUAGAUAUAGAUAGAUAGAUAGAUAGAUACUUUACUUAUCCCCAAGUGGAAAUUCAAGAUAUAGGUAUACAAUUUUAUGUACUGUAUAUACUUCAACGUUGUGCACUUUUAAGUGGACAACUUUAAUAAUAUUAUUUUCAGGUAUAAAUUUCAUUAAUUGACGUUUAAUUUAACAAAAGGAAACAGGUACUUUUUAGUUGUAUGAUUUAAUGAUAGGGGUGGGAUUAAAUAAGUGCUCACUUCUUCCCUCUCCCUUUCAAAUGUGUUUAGAGAUUCUUUUACUUUAUUUUAUUGUUCUGCCAAUUGAGGGCACAUGUGUUUUUAUCUGCCACAUUUUAAAUAAAUUCAAAUAAAAUCAAA